UCCUCUCCCUCUCCACCAUUUUCUUUUUCUAUUAUUAAUUAUUUGUUUUUAUUUAGCAAAAUACCACACACCUCUAUCUCUCUCCUUCUCUCCUUCUCUCCUUCUCUCCUGGUGAGGAUGUCUGUUUCUUGAGGAAGAGAAAAGUCUUCCCUUUUUUCUUUUUUUUUUUCCAUUUAGCCUUUGUUUCUUUGUUUCUUUGUUUCUUUACAGCACACUCUCUCACUUUCUUUCUCUCCCUUUCUUUUUUGUUCUCAGUUUUCAUUUGAAGCAUACUAAACCCUUGUUUUCUUUGUCAUCCAUGUUAGGGAGCAAAAUCACCAUCAUGAGUAGUCUCUCAUAAUAUUCUCUUUCUUUCUUGUUGUUAUACAUAUAUGUGUGUCUGUGUCUGUGUUUUUAUUUUUGAAGCAAACUGAUGGAUGAAAUCAAAGAAUACAAUCACAUACUGUAUGUCGGUGAGUGUGUUGUUUAGGUUCUGAAAUUUGUCAGUAGGAGAAGAAGUGGGUUAUUGAGAGAGAUAGCUGGAGCACUUUGUAGCUGUAGAGGGCAGCUACUGGGAAUAAAUAAAGACCUUCUUCUCUUUUUUUGUUUUAGUUUUUUUACAAAAAUGCCUCAUGAAAAAGGGAUUUCAGAGGCUGCAGGCAGCUGCCGCUUAUCUUUGAAUCCGAUUCCUGAUCUUUCACUGCACAUAAGCCCUCCAAACGCAAACACAAACAAAAACGCAAACAGUGCUCCCUCCUCCAUUUGCACUGACCACCGCACAAACGAAGCACCUAAUCAUCACGAAUCCGGCAGCUGCUUCGACAUAUGGCGCAGAGACAUGGACGGCGAUGGCCUGAUUAACAAAUCGCACAGUGACAGUUGUGUUAGAAGAGGCAGCUGCAGUCUAGUCGCAGCAGCUGAUCAUGACACUGAGCUCUCUCUUGCAAAUCCCACAGCUUCGGAGGCUGAGAGCCGCUGGAGAAAAAACUAUUUCAACACCCGGGGAGGCGGAGGAGAGGGUCGUCGUCAUCAUCUUCAUCACCAUGAAGAAGAAGAAGAAGCAAAGACCAGUAUAAGUCAUGGGUUUUCGAUGCUGGAUGUAGCGGAGAGGCUCAAACCCAUCAAAGGAAUUCCAGUUUACAACUGUCCUCCUACUAAUUGCUCCUUUCCUCCCAACUUGGAGGACCAAUCUCACUACUCAAGACUGGACCGAGAUCAGAGGGAUGAUUUUGAUUCUAACAAGUUGCGCUUGUAUCUAUCUAAUUCCUUGAGGCCUGCUGCACCGGCUGCAAAUUCAUGUAGUGGUAUGGGAAUGGGAAUGGGCUUUGAAUCCGCCAUGUCCCGGACGUUUAACGGGAUGACCAUGGACAGUCUAAGUCAACGACAACACUACUUUCCGUCGUAUAAUUUGAAUCAUUUGCAGCAGCAGCAAUGCAGUGUUGGUGGUGUUAGUGGAGGUGCAAAUUACAGUUAUAAUUAUAAUUCGGAUUUGCCCUCUAAUGGAUUCAUCAUGAGAUCGAGAUUUACGCCGACUAAGCUAUCUCAGAAUAUCAACAAGAGGAACAUGAGGGCGCCAAGAAUGCGCUGGACUACUUCCCUCCAUGCCCGUUUUGUUCACGCUGUCGAGCUCCUUGGCGGCCAUGAAAGGGCUACUCCAAAGUCAGUGUUGGAGCUCAUGGAUGUCAAGGAUCUCACACUUGCUCAUGUUAAGAGCCAUUUGCAGAUGUACAGAACUGUAAAGAACACUGACAAACCUCUAGGUUCCUCGGAUGGAUCUGGUGAGGAAGAUCUUUUGUCCACAACAACAACACAUCAUCAUAAUUCAAGUGCCUUACUUAACCAAAGAGGAGCCUCAAAUUUAGAGCACGAUAUGGAACACCACCACCACCACCCUUCUUCUAACAAUCUGUGGGGCAAUUCUUCCAGGUAUGAUCUUCAUUUGUGAUUUGCAUCAAGUCUGAAUUCGUACGUAGAAGUUGAUUAGGAAUUUAGAACCUACACGCAGAUCACUUUUGGAAGGAAAAUUACUACUUAUAGUUUAUGAAAAUGAACAUUGCAGUAGAGGAGCAUGGCUGCAAGCCGGUUCAAUGGAUCGAAAUGGGCUUAGACCAGAAAUGGUCUCUCACCAUUCAAUUAUUUCCAGAACCCAAUUUGAGGUAGUGAGCUGAAAUUAGAUCCGAUACUUGUUGCAUGCGUGAAACCUUUCAUAUAAGUUUUUCCUUAAAUUUUCAUGGAAUUGUCUUAUGGAUUUUAAGAAAGACAUAGUCAAGGCUAGUGAUACCUGAUCAAGUGUGCAACUUUAUGCAAUAUGUAUGAUCCUUUUGUAUGUCUAUACAUACCCAUGUAUUGGUAAAUUGAGUAGAUCAUCAUGAUCAAGUGUACAACUUUAUGCACUAUUA